AUGGAUGCCGUUGAUCAGCAAGGAUGGAGCGAAGCCGUGGUAGAUAUUUUGGUUGAAUUUCUCGAGGCAGCCACGCACAGCUUGCUGCACUCACGGCGAGCGUACCCGCAAGAUAUCUUCGAACGACGCCGGAAGUAUGGCGUGCCAGUGUGGAUGAGCCGGCAUCCCGAGCUGAAUGCCUACAUAUCUGAGGUUUUGCUACGGGCGAAGUCGCUUAUGGAACAAGGAGUAGUUCGUAGAGUGCUUGUGUGCUUCUUCCUGGAAGAAGAACACGUGGACCAAGCCCCCGUAGAGAGAGUCGCGUUCGACGUUCGGGUUGAGGACGACGGUGAUGACUCCGUGGACUCAACAAGUCUGCAGGACGUAGAAGAUCAGCUUCGGUCUGCCCUCCUCCAGAUUCAAAAAUCGUCGGCUCACCUACCGACGCGGCAAGGCUGCACGUUUGCGUUGCACGUAGAAGCCCACGAGGGCAAGGAAGGCCAAGUCGGAAGGCACGAUGCAACUCAGGAUAGUGGCCAGUCUUCACCUGUAAGGGCAGCGCUGCGGGGGGGCAAGUGGGUACUCGCGGGCAGCGUUGCGCAAGGAGUGGUGGCGGAGCCAGGGCGACUGAAAAUAGUCCCCAUCAAGUCUGUGAGGGGCAGGGGCCUGAGCGUGAAUUUGUCGACGGAGAUGGGAGACUGCUCGGUGUAAAAAGUAUUGAACCUAGAUUG